AUGAUUUUUGAAAAAGAACAUUUUGAGGUGUUGAUGACGAAAUGUCUCAUUUCUUUUAAUUUAGACCAAGAUGCAUGCACGUCAGAGACACAUGAUUGCCCGCAAUGCUUCAAGUCUUACAACUAUCGUAGAAAUCUUCUUCGUCAUCAAAAAUAUGAAUGCGGUGUAGCAGCUAAAGAAACUUGCGAUUACUGUUCUUAUGUAACACGCUACAAGCAUUCACUUAAAUCUCAUCUUCAAUCUCAACACUAUGAGAAGCUAGCAAAAGUUAUUGAAUAA